AUGUGGUUCACCAGGGGCUCUGUAGCGUUCGUGGGCGCAUCACUACUCCUCGGCACAGCUUCAUCAAGUGCCGUGCCGGAGUAUGUUGAGAAACUUGUCCGGAAGCAAGUGCCGGCUGACGCUACGGGCGUCCAGACGAUCACGUCGCCGAACAAUGUGACAAUCCGUUAUAAGGAGCCCGGGAAGCAAGGGGUCUGUGAGACGACGCCAGGUGUUAACUCGUACUCGGGCUAUGUCGACCUCGAUGCUGAGACACACAUACACAAUCCUAAUGAAGCCCCUAUAACACUGUGGCUCAAUGGCGGACCAGGUUCGGACUCACUGAUAGGAUUGUUUGAAGAACUGGGCCCAUGUAACGUGACACAUGAAAACAUCACAAAGGUGAACCCUUACUCCUGGAGCGAAGUCAGCAACCUCUUGUUCCUGUCACAGCCGAUAGGAGUCGGGUUCUCCUACGCAGAAGAAGUUGUUGGCGUUGUGAACGAGACGACCGGGUUUCCUCAAAACUCGUCCAAGCCAGACGGUCGCUACAGUCAUGUCGACCCCUACCGGUAUGACACUACCGCAUUGGCGGCGGUGGGCACCUGGGAGGUUCUGCAGGCCUUCAUCCAGAACCUGCCGGUCUUGGACGAGAAGAUUGAAUCCAGAAGCUUCAACCUUUGGACCGAAAGCUAUGGUGGUCAUUACGGUCCGGCCUUUUUCAAUCACUUCUACGAGCAGAACGAGCUCAUCAAGAGCGGCGAAGCCCCUGGUGUCGCCCUCGAGAUGCACACGUUGGGGAUCAUCAAUGGCAUCAUCAACUCCAGGAUCCAGAUGAAGUACUACCCCGAGUUCGCCUACAACAACACGUACGGCAUCCAAGCGAUCAACGAGAGCAUGUACAACUUCGCCAAGACGGCCAACACCUUCCCGUACUUUGGCUGCGAAUCCUACCUCGACGCCUGCGCCGCCGCAGACCUCUCCACGCCAGAUGGUGUCGCCACCUGCUCUCAGGCCCAGGCUAUCUGCCGAAGCUUUGUCGAGGGUCCGUACGAGGCCCUCGCCCAGAGCAGCAACUACGACAUCCGAGCCAAUGCCUCUGCGGACCUGCCGCCCAGCCACUGGUACGAUUGGCUCAACACCGCCGAGGCCCAGGACGCCCUCGGUGUCCGAGUCAACUAUACGGGCAGCAGCAGUGAGAUUUGGGUUGGUUUCGACUACAGCGGUGAUUGGGCCUACCCUACCUUCCUGCAGGAUCUGCAAGAUCUGCUGAACAAAGACGUACGGGUCGCGCUGAUCUACGGAGACGCUGACUACAUCUGCAACUGGUACGGCGGCGAGGCCGUGUCGCUCGAGGUGAACUACACGCACGCGGCCGAGUUCCGGGCGGCGGGGUACGCGCCGUUCGUGGUCGACGGCGUCGAGUACGGCGAGUCGCGGCAGUACGGCAACUUCAGCUUCACGCGCGUCUACGAGGCUGGCCACGAGGUGCCCUACUACCAGCCCCUCGCGUCGCUCGAGCUGUUCCGCCGCGUCCUGGCCGGCCUGGCCGUCGCCGACGGCGCCGUCCCCGUCACGCCCACCUACGCCAGCAACGGCACCGCUGUCGCUACCCACGUCGAGACGUACACGGGCUUCUUCACAGGCCGCCCGGAGAAUAAUGAUAAAUAG